AUGAGCAAAGCCUACCCUCCCGAACUGAAGAAGUUUACAGACAGGAAGUUAUCAUUGAAGUCAAAUGGUGGCAGACGUAUACAAGGAAUAUUCCGGGGCUUUGAUCCCUGUAUGAAUCAUGUGAUUGAUGAAAUGGCAACUAGUGGGCAACAGAAUGACAUCAGUGUGGUGGUCAUACGAGGAAACAGCAUCCUCAUGUUAGAAGCCUUGGAAAAGUCUAAACAAUGGCUUUUAAGCAGAGGAGUUCACAUCCUUCUCUAG